AUGACAAACUUAGAAAACAUCUGCGGUAAAUUUAACUCUUCAAUAGAGAAUAUGAAACUUAUAGUAUGUAACGAACUUCAAAGUAUAGAUACAACAAAGGUUUUAAACUCAGAUGCUUUGAAGAGUCUUAUAACAGACAAAGUUGGAGUUGUUGAAAGAAAAUAUAAAGACCAAAGAGUUUGUGAAAAUGUUGCAAACUUCGUCAUGGUUUCAAACAAUGUUGUUCCGAUGAAGUUAGAAAGUUCUGACAGAAGAUAUGUAGUUGUCAGAACGUCAGAUUCUCAUAUGCAAGAUACAGAAUAUUUUGACGCUUUGUCAGAAACUUUGACAUCUGACUUUUACAACCACUUGUUCUCAUAUUUUAUGACAUUAGAUAUUUCAAAGUUCAAUCCAAGACAAAUUCCACAUACCGAAGAGAGACAAACGUUGUUAGAAGCAAACAAGAGUGUUUAUGAACUGUUUAUAGAUGAGACUAACUUUGAGUGUUUAGAUGAAAGGUCAUUGUACGACUCGUAUAAACAAUAUUGUCAAGAGUAUGGUUAUAUGACAGCGUCUAAACGAACAUUCUUGGCAAAUGUCAAAAGUCUUUUAGACAUACAGAACGGCGUAUAUACAAAGAAAAAUUUUUAUGAGUAA